AUGUCCCGAGCUUUGGGCGCCGCAUUCCUCAACCAUCAGGUGGAACAGCUCGAAAAAUCCGUCGGAAACGUUCAUGGUCCCUCAUCGGGAAAUUGGAGGGAUAGGACUUCGAAAUACAACUCAGGCAAUCCCAACAACUCCAAACAUAAUGCUCCUAAACGAGUUUCCAGCAAAGUGGUCAACGCUAAUAACAGGAAACGAGAUGGAGAGUUUCAGUUACUUACUAGGGAUAGGGAGAGCCCAAAAUCGGAGCAGGGUCUUAAGAAAAGGUCUAAUGAGCAGCAGGAGAAGGACGCCGAUAUUGUGAUCGUCGAUGCAAGUGUCCUGGUCCACGCCCUCAAUCACCUGAAGAAAUGGUGUAAGAGUGGUAGGGAGGAAGUGGUCAUUGUUCCACUCGAAGCUUUGAAUACUUUGGAUUUACUUAAAAAGGGUACGACCUCACUUGCACAGCGAGCUCGUGAAGCUUCCCGCAUUCUCGAGGCUCAGGUCGGCAAUAAUCCACGAAUUCGAGUGCAACGGGACGAAGCAUUCGUACCAUGGGAUGCCAUCGACUUUCAACUUGAAUCCGACAAUACAGAUGAUAAAUCCAACAUUCAAAACUCUCCUGAAUGGGUACGGCGCACUAUCUGUUGCGCUCGUUGGGAAGUACAACAUGCGUCCCCUGCAGGUGACACUGGUACAAAGCCGAAUGUUGUUAUCGCAGUGUGCACUGCUAUCACCACAUCUCCAUCGAACGCUACCACCAAACUGCCAGAUGCCGAUGCGAACUCUACAGCUUUGCUGACCCCGGUCCCUUUACCUGCUCCCUCUCACGCCCAUUUCAACAAGCACGAACCACGUACGAUGGGCUCUCAGGUCAGUCGGUGGGCCGCCAAAGCUGGUGUUACUAUCUUGGACCUCAAGCCAGCUCCGCCACCGUCUCAGUCUACCCCCAAAUCGAACGGUAGUACCGGUUACUCGGCUCAUCCUCGGUCAUCCUCGGAAGAAGAUCGACCAAAACGAAUACUCACCAAUAAGGGCGGCCGUCGUCCUCCCUCUGCUGAGACCGGCAAGCUUAAGGGUGGGCUCGUCGAGCGCUCGCCUGCUGUUUCUAUUAUGAUGGAAAUGGUGCAGCGCUCGGACAGCAAAGCGGUCAGAGUUCUCGCCCGCGGUGAAAAGCUCGAUCCCGAUACCUAA